UCGCUAGGCGUGUCCCCCUAUCGAGCGCUGGUUGUGACAGUUGAUGGGAUCCUAAUGGCCUGAGGUCGGGCUCCUUAUACACACAGUGCCCGGAGCCGCUGGACCGCCGGCACCCACCUGCUCCCACCCAGCCAUCACCGCCCGUCCUUCCUUCCUUCCUCCUCCCCCCCCACGGGUAGAUCCAGGCUGUGCAGAGCGAGAGGAGAACUGAUCAGAGGAUGUCAGUGGCGGGGCUGAAGAAGCAGUUCCAUAAAGCAAGCCAGCUGUUAAGUGAAAAAAUUAGCGGAGUAGAAGGAACAAAACUUGACGAUGAUUUCCAAGAGAUGGAAAGGAAAAUUGAAAUCACAAAUAAGAUUGUUGCGGAAUUGCUGUCUAAAACAACCGAAUACUUGCAGCCAAACCCAGCAUACAGAGCAAGGCUGGGAAUGUUAAAUACAAUGUCAAAAAUCAGAGGGCAAGUGAAAAACACUGGAUAUCCUCAGACAGAAGGGCUACUUGGAGACUGCAUGUUGCGCUAUGGGAGAGAAUUAGGGGAUGAAUCUGAAUUUGGAGGUGCUCUUCUUGAGGUUGGAGAAUGCAUGAAACAAAUGGCAGAGGUGAAGGACUCUCUUGAUAUCAACGUCAAACAGAACUUCAUUGAUCCGCUGCAGUCCUUACAAGACAAGGACUUAAAGGAGAUUAUGUAUCAUUUGAAAAAGCUAGAGGGUCGGCGUUUAGAUUACGAUUACAAAAAGAAGCGGCACGGUAAGAUCCCAGAUGAAGAAAUCCGACAAGCAGUUGAGAAGUUUGAAGAAUCUAAAGAACUUGCAGAAAGAAGCAUGUUUAAUUUUUUAGAAAAUGAUAUAGAACAAGUAAGCCAGCUGGCUGUGUUGGUAGAAGCGGCAUCAGACUAUCAUAGACAGACAGCUCAGAUACUGGAGGAGCUUUACAGUAGGCUUUACAACAGAAUCAAUACAGCAUCCAGUCGCCCUCGGCGGGAAUUUCACCCGACGUCGAUAAUCUCAACCUUGGAAUCUACUGAAAAGCUGCAAUAUAAUGGUAUUUCCUUCAAUCCGUCGACGGCAUCAUCAGGUUCAAGUGUACAUUUUGACCAACCUUGCUGCAAAGCACUUUAUGACUUUGAUCCAGAAAAUGAAGGGGAACUUGGAUUUAAGGAAGGUGACAUCAUUACUUUAACCAACCAAAUUGACGAAAACUGGUUUGAAGGUAUGGUCAACGGGGAGUCUGGAUUCUUUCCCAUUAAUUACGUUGAGGUCAUGGUUCCACUUCCUCAAUGAACAAGAGACUGACUCACCAUGACAAUUAACCAUGUGUAAAUGGACUCAGUAUUCCGUAUGUGGCAUUCUGUGAACGCUACUCAACUGAAUUAAAAUCUUUAAAUGUGUCAUGUGUUUUUAUGUAUUUAUUUCAUAUUUUAUGAAAACAUUGGCUGUGUUUUUUGCCCUGUUUUAUGUCAACCUGUACUGUCUCUUGUUCUAUAAAUGACAGCGUAUUUGUGAUAAUUCCAUAACAAGGAACUUUUUAGUUCUGAUGCCAUCUUACAAUAUCCGAAGUGGACCUGUCAAAUGUAUGUAACACCACACAAGUUCCCCUAUACCAUUGCCAUCCCAAGCAGUGAUAGACGUGCGUGUGUGUACUUUAACCAGGGACAGGUCCGCUUUAAACAACGAAAAGGAUGUUAAUGGUUUAUGUCCUUAAUUAAAACCAUGUUUAACUGUGAAUAAUCUGAUACACAUUGCACAAUAUUUGUGAAAAUCAAUGUCAUAAUAUUGUAAAUUGUAUAAUGUAAGAUGUUAUGUCUACCUGACCAAAUAUAUUAAAUACAGAUACAUUGCGUAA